AUGUCUGAUCAAAAGCCUUUGCUUAGCUUGAAGAAGACCUUCUUUUACAAAUUUUUUCCAUCAAAAGAUGAAGAAGAAGCGUGCAAAGUUAACAACACUCCACAUGUAGUGACUCGAGAGCUAAUUGAGAUAAGGGACUUAUACCCUCCCCCAAAGAUCGAUCUGGAAAACCCAUGGCAGAUCAAGAAAAAGAUUACCCAUGACGAGGUCGAUGUAGGAAAGCUGGUGAUUCCAUUUUUCGAGACGUUUGAGUACAUUCUUCGAUACUGGAAGUUGGACUUGGCCAAUAGUUUGGAGAGCAGGUGCGGGAUGCCUGUUAACGUGUGGGAUGCAACUGAGGAGAAUACUCCCAAGAAGUAUGAAGGUGGAGGUGUUUGCUUAAGGAAGUUGUACAAUGAUGAAUUUUCUCUUUCAUGCAUCGAAUUGUUCAAAGAUCAUGGAUUAGGCAUUGGUGAUGAAAUUGGGCUUUAUUGGGAUCCUAGAUCUUCAAGUUUAAUGUUCAAAUUACUUUCUCAGGUUGGACCUCAAUGA